AUGUUCUCACUCAAGAGGAUUUUCUUCAGAAAAAGCCUGGCCGAAUAUCAGAUGGAGUCAAUGGCAGCCAAGUGUAUACCCGUAAGGUUGCUGGACACGUGCAAUACAUUCCCCCAGUCGAGUUCGAUGCAGGACCAGAGCAGCCACUUCUCUGAUAAUGGGCCGUCGUCGUCAGCCCAGGAACAGCAUCUUUCGCAUUGCGAUCAAUUCUAUAACCUUGUUCGUCAGCUUACUCCAGAGAUGCUGUCGCAACGAGUUGAAGGAAGCGAAAAUGAGCGGCCAAAACAGGGCCCUCAAGGACAGGCCUUAUUGGCUCGAGUACGGAUGUUUUUCGACGAAUUGAAAGCGUUAUUAGGUACCACUUGCAGAGGAACGAUAUUCGAUUCACCUACAGCUCUGACAGCAGCGGCAUGUGGUGUCUCAAAGAGUGCCGUUGUUCGACUUGGAAACAGUUUAGAAGAACUGAGUAAAUUCCCAAUAGAACCUCCGAAAAAGUAUGUACGUAUCCGCAGCCGGAGACAAGAAAGGCUGGCAGCGCUCAAGAAUCACGGCCAUAAAUGGGGAGAUAUAGUCCGUCAGUUGGUACGCAACAAGCUUAAAGAGAAAGCUGACGUCAGAUUGUACACGUUACAUAGGGUACUGAAGACGACCUAUUCCGAUUUCAGCCUUUCUACGAGUACUCUUUAUCGAUUGAUGAGAGCGCUUGGGUUCAUCUAUACCCAGAUGAAAGGCGGAAAGUAUAAGCUCCACGAAGACCCGUCUACACAGCUAUCUGAGGACAUGGAAACCACUUCUCGCAAAAACGACAGUGGAAGUGAAGAAAGUGAAGGAGUGGAAUGCGAUUUUGAUGAGAUGGAAGACGAUGAUGAACCAUGGGUGCUUGAAAGCAUGGAGAAAGAUAAGGACGACGAGACUGAGCCAUUCUAUGUUUUCCGUCCAGCGAAGACGGCUGCAAGUACCGAUGGUGCUGAUGAGGCUUCUGAGGCUUCUGUGGCUACGGGUGAUCAGACGAAUGGCUAA